AUCAGCCUGCUGGCAGUACUGCCGUCGUAUCGUCGAAGAGGUCUCGCUCGGCUGAUGCUCCGUCAGGUGGUGGAUUGUGCGCGAAGUGCCGGAGCUUGCGCCGUAUUCCUGCACGUGCGUCCCGGCAACACCUCGGCAUUAGCGCUCUACCAAGCAGCUGGUUUCCUGGCGGCAGCCCUCGUGCCCCAUUACUAUGACGACAGCGGCAGCACCCCCGCGGCCGCUGCUUCUUCGUCCGCUUGUGGCGGCGGCGACGGAAGCUUUGGGACACCGGCAGCGGCGGCGCCACCCCAGCAGCGGCCGCAGCCGCCGCAUCCGGCGGCGGCAAAGGGUUCGGAAGCACCCGCGACGGCGACCACGGCAACAUCUGGUGAGCCGUCGUCGCCGUCGUACAUCGCCGGCGGCGACGCUGUGCUGUUGGUACUGCCGCUGACGGCGGCAGCGGCGGAGGCAGUGGCAGCCGCGGCGGAGGCGGCGAAAGCGGCUGUUGUUCCGGCAGCAAAUUCGGGGAGGAAGUUGGGAUGCAGCUGCUACGGCGGUACCGGUAACAGCCCCAGCAGCUAUGACGGUCAUGGCAGCACGGAUGCGGAGGAGCCUUGGUGCGAGGGAAUCACAGUCGAAGCACCUGGUCCUAGUGGCGCUAGUCAACGGAGUGUCAAGGAUUCUGGACGUCAGGGGGAAGCAGCAGCGGCGGCAGCAGCUAUGGACCUCAGCGAUGUCAACACCGUCCGCACCGAUGUCAGCUACAAUGGUGACGGCAGCAGCAGCAGCGGCAGCGGUAGCAUUGGGGAUAGUACGACCGGCAUGAGCAGCAAAGGCAGCAUGAGCCCUAGCAGCACCGCUAGCAGUAGUGUCAGCGGCGGCACGGGAGGCAUCUUGGGCGUCCUAGCAGCCGCAGCAGCUGGUGCGGUGGACGGGCUGUCAAGCUUACUGCCCGGCGGAAGACUUCGUAACGGCAGUCGCCGCCGUACAAACAAUAGAUCUGUACGGCAAGUACGAGUGGGCGAUGAGCUCAUGGAGGAAGUCAGUGGGCCUGACGGCGAGGUGUACCUCCAGGCGGGGAGCAGCGAGGAUGAGGAUGAAGGGGAGGAUACCUGUACGGCAGGGGAUGCAGCAGCAACGGCGGCAACAGGGUUACCUACCGGUGCGUCGGGAGCGCGUGAGAGGCGUGAUUGCAGCGGCAGCAGCAGCAGUAGCAGCAGCAGCCCGAGCAUGAGGGGUGCUGGCGAGCAACGGGGGGUGACGGAGGUGGCAGUGGGCAGCAGCUGUGCUGGCGGAGGAGGCGCGACUUCUGACUCGGACUGUGUGGAUGGAGGAACCGCGUUGGAGGGCACUGCCUCGGGGGGCGCUUGGGGCGGCCGUACCGGUUGUCACGCAGUUACAGCUCAUUACCCUCCACGAGUACAACAACAGCUACGGCAGCAGUGGCGGCAAGUGUCGCAGCUGCCAGGGGCUAGCGGUGCAAACAUCUUGCGGGGCUGCUUGGUAGCAAGGCGCAUAGGCUCAGGGGAGGGAUUGGGGCAUGGGCAGACGGGGCCUUUAGGGUCCUGCUGCGGUGGUCUAAGCGCGGUAACAGGGGGCUGUCACGUCCAACCGUGGCGCCAGCGGCACUUGCAGCGACCUUUGGCGAUUGCGGCACCAACAGCAGCAACAGGACACCGGAUUGCAAGCGCUAUCGGUGCGGCGCGAGGUACACGCAUCUUUACAGUAAAGAACUUAACAGCAACGAAAGCUGGUCUUGGAAGAAGCGCUAUGAUAUGCUGAGAAUGCAGGCAGCACUUGGCUAGUAACGUUUCGCUCUCGCUUUGGGGUGCAGUUUCCAGAUGGCUUUCGACUUGCUCCCAACUAGGCAUGGCGGGUUGGCAAGAGGGCUGGUGUUUGGCUUAUGGUCGAGCCACGUAGUUGCGUACCGAGGUGACCUGGCGUCUUACGUCCUUGUGUACGGCGUUCCCAUGUGCGACAUAACAUACCAUGAAGACGACCUCCUACUUACAGCUGCUGUUCGCACAUCUUGUUAAUGCCCCUCGUGUAAUUCAGUAGGCAAUGAUAUAAUUGUGCUAGGUUAAGCGCUGCUGCAAAGCUGAAGUUUAGCACCGAUACAUUAAUAGGCAGAGCCUUUUCUUAUUAGCUAUGGCGGCCUUUCGUGGUCGUGCGCCCGCCGUUGCGGUGCUGGCGCUUCUGCUGCUCCAGGCCCUCUGCCUUCUGAGCGCUCCGCGGCUGUCCGCUGCGCUUCUUCGCCGCGACCUCUUCCCUGGAAUGCCCAAGGAUGCAACAAACAUCAAGGGCAGCACCGAUGUGAAAGAGGAGCUUUCGGAAGAAGUCGUGAGCGCUAUUGCAGCGGGACUCGCAGCCGCAUCUUCGCAAGCCGUGACGGCAGCAGCCGCGCUGGACUGCGGCUUGGGUCCCGUCCUUUGUAAGACAUUGGAUUGUCCCGAGUAUAAGGUGCGUGAGGCAGAGAAAGGUGGUCGUGUCAUGGAUGCAACGGACAUGCGUGUGACGCAACAAGAGGAG